UCUGACUCAGUUUCAGCUCAGGUCAUGAUCUCAGGGUCGUGAGAUUGAGCCCUGCAGUGGCUCUGUGCUGAGCACAGAGUCUUCUUAAGAUUCUCUUUCCCUCUGCCCCUUACCCCCACGGGCAUGCACUGUCUCUCAAGUAAAAAUAAAUAAAUCUUAAAAAAAAAAAUCUCUCGAGGCACUUGGGUGGUUCAGUAAGUUAAGCGUAUGACUUCGGCUCCAGCCAUGAUCUCAGGGUUGUGGGAUCCAGCCCCGAGUCGGGCUCCAUGCUCAGCAGGGAGUCUGCUUCUCCCUCUCCCCCUGCCCCUCCCCACUGCUUGUGUGCUCUCUCUCUCUCUCUCUCAAAUAAAUUAAACAAUCUUUAAAAAAAUCAUCAUUGUGUAGGAAGGGGAAGAAAACUAGGAUUUAUUGAUGACCUACCUGCCAAGGACUAGGCGCUGUGCUUCCUGAAUGUUAUCUCAUUUCAUUACCGUAAAACCUCUGUGAGGCAGAAGUUACUCUCAUUUUACACAUGAGAAGGCAGGCCCUGGUUAAAAUACAAAUCAGAUCAUAUCACUCCUCUGCACAAAACUCUCUAUUGCUGUGUUGUCCAAUGGGAUCAUCUUUAGCUCCAUGUGCAUUUGAAAUGUGGUUUGUACAAAUUAAAAUCUGCUGUAAGUGUAAUACAUGCUGGAUUUCCAAGACUUAGUAUGAAAAAUAGAAUGUAAAAUGUCUGGUUAGUAAUUUUUUAUGUUGAUUGCAUUUUGAAAUGAUAAUAUUUUGGAUCUAUUGAGUUACAUAAGGUGUAUUAUUAAAUUAAUUUUACCUAUUGUUUUUCCCUCUUUAAAAACGUAAAUAUUAGAAAAAGUUAUGUCUGUGGCUCAUGUUAUAUUUCUGUUGUACAACACUGCUGUAGGUGGCUUUCCUGUCAUUCAGAAUGGUCUACAAAGCGGUGUACCAUCUGUCCUCUGUUACCUCUGAUCUCCUCUCCUAUACUCUCCUCUUUGUUCUCUCCUCUCUGGUUACUCUGGCCUCCUUCCUACUUAAACACACCAGGCUCUCUACGUCCUCAGAGCCUUUGCCUUUCUUGUUCCCACAGCCUAAUUGCUUUUCCCUCAGAUAUCCACAGUGUUCACCACCCCGUCCUCCUUCGGGUCUUCUUUAAAAUCCUUCUUCCUUCAUGAGGCCUAAUUUGGCUGUCCUAACUAAAACUACAGGCUCUCCCUCCCAAUCCCUAUUUUCCUUCUGAAUAUUUAACACUAGCAUGCUCCCUAUUCUAUUUACUUAUUGUCUCUUUCCUUUACUAGAAUUUGAGCUCCACAAGGGCAAGAAUUCCUGUUAGUUGUAGGAAUUGCUUUAUUCCCAGCAUCUCAGAGUGCCUGACAUAUUUUGGGUGGUAAAAUUUGUGGAACUGAACUGAAAAGGAUGGCAACGUCUUGCACGAGUACAUUCCAUCAGAAGGCACAGACCUCCUGUGAUGGCGGGCUCCUGGCAGUAGAUGUUGGGGAGACGCCAUGACAGUCCAUUUGUAGAGGCUCUUGAGAGGCUGUGGUGGGCUCAUGCACCCGCACGGGCCCGGCAGGGUGCUCUGUCGGCAGUGCUCAUGUGUGCAGGCUGUCUUGGUGCUCGCCACCACUCUCUUCUCCAGCAAAUCAGAAGGCAAGGCUCCAGAGUUUAUUGUGCCAAGCGAGGCAACUCCUGUGUCUCACUCAGCUCAGGCUUUUAGAACAAAAUACCUUCAGUUGGGUGACUUAAACCACAGACCUUUCUUUCUCAUGGUUCUGAGGGAGGGGGACGUCCGAGAGCAAAUGCCGGCUGAUUCAGUUCCUGGUGAGAGCCCUCUUCCUGGUUUACCGAUGGCCAUCUUCUUACUAUGUCCUCACAUGGUAAGAAGUGUCCUCUUCUUAGAAGGACACCUUAGGACUUUAUCUAACCCCCAUUACAUGCCAAGGGCCCUACCUCCCAACACUAUCCCACUGGGGGAUAGUGUUUUCACGCAUGAAUUUUAGGGGGACACAAACAUUCAGUGUAAAACAUCCUACUGACUGCUUCCAUAUCCACAUCUUGCUGUUUUCUACAGUGGAGUGGUUCCAGGAGAGAAGAGGAACACAAUUCUCCCUGCUUCUACCUCUCUGUCAGGGAGUGACCAUUCAGAGGAGUGAGCAGUGGGAAGAGUAGUAGGAGAUGAGAUCAGAGAGGUAACAGUGACAGGACAGUAAGCAAUAACCCAGGGAAGGACAUGGUGAGUGGGGCUGCCUUCCUUGAACCUGAGCCAGAAACUGCUCACCGGGAAGGGAUGGCGGUUCUUGACAAGACUGAUUUGAAAACUUUAAUCUCUUGCUUACAAUUUUAGAUGUCUAUUGUACCAAACUCAGUGGAGGCUUUGAUCAUUCCUUUUCAGUUACUUUUGCCAACUUUGUACUGGAAUUUAAAAUGUUAGUGGAUCUCUAUUAUUCUGUUUUCGGCUCUAUUCUCCUCCAUACGAUCUCUGAGUGACCUCAUCCUGCCUUUUGACCCCAGCUAUUUAUUACCUGCAUUCUGAUAUAAUUCUCAAAUCUUUAUAUUUAGCCCCAAAUUUUCAACUUACUUCCAGACCCUGUUUCUAACUGCUCAUUCAGGAUAUAAUUUCAGGUUGCAUGAUUUAAAAAUUAAACUCAUAUUUCCUCCUUAACAUGCUGCUUUCUCUUUUAUGCAUUUAUUUCUUCAUUUGUUGAGCAUCUACUAUGUUCCGAAUAUUGAGGAUACACUAGCAGACAAGUCAGACAUCACUGCUGUCACUUCAUGGAGAAUGCAGACGAAUAGAAUGGGCCAUUACAAUACAGGGUAUUACAGGAGGUUUGUAGGGUGCUGUGGGGACACCCAGGGGGAGAGACUUAAGCCAGACUUGAGAUUAAGGAAGCUAAUGAGAAAUAGUGGUGUCUAAACUGAGGCCUGCAAGAUGAGGAAGGAAUAGUUAGACAAAGUAGUUAUACAAAAUUGGAAGGGAAGAACAGGGAAUGGGAGAAUAGAGUAUGAUUCAGGAGGGAACAACAUAUGUGAAGGCCAGAAGCAAGAGGAAAAAGGCCACUAAGGGAAGAGAAAUCAUUCCCUAUGGCAGAGCUAAAGUUACCAGACUAGCUUAGAUUCGCAGGACUAGUACUGGUAGGACUGAGAUUCAACCCAGGCUUUUAAAUUUGAGAUCAGGGGCUCUGGACCACACCACACUGUCUCCCUGUGUUUCCUUUCUCAGGGAUAUCAGCAUCCAUUCAGUUUUCUCCAUGACAGUCACCUAGGAAGCAUCCUCUACUCCUUUAUCUUCCACAUCUAGUUGGUCGACAAGUCUUAUUGUUUCUCUCCUUUCAAUAACCAUUCUUUUCUCUUCAACCAGAUUAACUUAACUCAAGCCCUCACCAGUCUCUUGCCUGUACUGUGUUCUGACUGGUCUCUCUGACUUCAAUGCUGCCGUUUUUCCUGUUGAUCCUUGCACCGCUGCCGAGGUGAUACCACCCAAAUGCAGAUCUGAUCAUUUCAACUUGAACUCUUUCUCUGGCCUUUCACAGCUUAUAGGAUCAAGUCCAGAGUCCUUAGCACUGUUCCGAAAAUCUUUUCAAGCUUUCCAGUUAAUCUUUUGCCAUAUACAUAUGCAUUAAAUAACUCUAAAGAUAAUCAAGGAAGUGCAUAUUUUCCAAUCUGGAAUGUCCCACUUGUUCCCGUGGCUUAUGCCAAUGCUAAAACCUCUCCUAAAGAAUUCAAGAGUUAAAUAUAAGAAAACAAUAUUACUGCAUUUUGCUAUACUGUAUGCCAAACUUUGGAACAAAAAUACAGUUUCUCAUUUUAUAUUUAAGUAUUACCUGGAGCUUCUAAAAGUUAUAAAUGACUGGUCGACUCUAUUUAUUAAUAAAUCUCAUCCUCAGAAACCCAGGCUUCAGCGGGCUCUUACCAUUUAAAGAUGCAACUUCUUGGAUAUGGAUGUAAUGAGGCCCUUAAUAAAUGAGCAGAAUUUUGAUGGGACAUCAGAUGAAGAGCAUGAGCAAGAGCUCCUUCCUGUUCAGAAGCAUUACCAGCUUGAUGAUCAAGAGGGUAUUUCAUUUGUGCAAACUCUUAUGCAUCUUCUUAAAGGAAAUAUUGGAACUGGCCUUUUAGGGCUUCCACUGGCAAUAAAAAAUGCAGGCAUAGUGCUUGGACCAAUCAGCCUUGUGUUUAUAGGAAUUAUUUCUGUUCACUGUAUGCACAUUUUGGUACGGUGCAGUCACUUUCUGUGUCAGAGGUUUAAAAAGUCAACAUUAGGUUAUAGUGACACUGUGAGUUUUGCUAUGGAAGUAAGUCCUUGGAGCUGUCUUCAGAAGCAAGCAGCGUGGGGGCGGACUGUGGUUGACUUUUUUCUGGUGAUAACACAGCUGGGAUUCUGUAGUGUUUACAUUGUCUUCUUAGCUGAAAAUGUAAAACAAGUUCAUGAAGGAUUCCUGGAGAGUAAAGUGUUUCUUUUGAAUAGUACCAAUUCAUCAAACCCUUGUGAGAGAAGAAGUAUUGACCUAAGGAUAUAUAUGCUUUGCUUUCUUCCAUUCAUAAUUCUUUUGGUCUUCAUUCGUGAGCUAAAGAAUCUAUUUGUGCUUUCAUUCCUUGCCAACAUUUCCAUGGCUGUCAGCCUUGUGAUAAUUUAUCAGUAUGUCAUUAGGAAUAUGCCAGAUCCCCACAACCUUCCAAUAGUGGCUGGUUGGAAAAAAUACCCACUCUUUUUUGGUACUGCUGUGUUUGCUUUUGAAGGCAUAGGAGUGGUUCUUCCACUGGAAAAUCAAAUGAAAGAAUCAAAACGCUUCCCCCAAGCAUUGAAUAUUGGCAUGGGAAUUGUUACAACCUUGUAUGUAACAUUAGCUACCUUAGGAUAUAUGUGUUUCCGUGAUGAAAUCAAAGGCAGCAUAACAUUAAAUCUUCCCCAGGAUGUAUGGUUGUAUCAAUCAGUGAAAAUUCUAUAUUCCUUUGGCAUCUUUGUGACAUAUUCAAUUCAGUUCUAUGUUCCGGCAGAGAUCAUCAUCCCUGUGAUCACAUCCAAAUUUCAUGCUAAAUGGAAACAAAUCUGUGAAUUUGCGAUAAGGUCCUUCUUGGUUGCUAUUACGUGUGCCGGAGCGAUUCUGAUCCCGCGUCUGGAUGCUGUGAUUUCCUUGGUCGGGGCUGUGAGCAGCAGCACCCUGGCCCUGGUCCUGCCACCUUUCGUUGAGAUUCUUACGUUCUCUAAGGAACGCUGCAGCCUGUGGAUGGUCCUGAAAAAUACCUCCAUAGCAUUCACUGGACUUGUGGGGUUCUUCUUAGGUACAUACGUAACUGUGGAAGAAGUUAUUUAUCCUACUCCCAACGUUGGCGCACCACAAAACCCUUCUCUGAAUUUGAAUUCAACCUGCUUUCCAUCUGGUUUGAAAUAGUGGAAGCAGAAUUAUGAGUCUUCUCCUUUUGUCUCGAUUCUGAAAAUGAUGAAAAUAAGAACUAGUAGAACAUAUUGCCAUGUGCUUAAAAAUAGAACCAAAUUCUCUUUUCUUUUGGCACAGUAAUGGUAUUUUAGUAGUAGACUGUAAUUCUUUACCGAUAGUGGUAAACUAUGACAGAUUAUUGGUUUUAACUAUUAGCAAUAAUUUCAAAAAAAUUAGUUUUGAAAAUUUUUUAAAUCAAAAUUUAGAAAUUAAAAUGUAGAAAAAUUAAAGAAUAAAAAGGCUUCCACUAUUCUUCAUUCAAUCAGAAAUACUCUAACGAAAAUUCUCUUUUAUACCCAUGCUCCUCUUUCCCCACCCAGUUGAGGGGAGAACAGGGUUCUAACAAUAAGAGAAUCAAAGAAGGACAUAGUUAACAAAAAUCUUCUCACUGUCUCGGUGAAUAUCAGAGUGUACUUUGCGUGUAAUGUAAAAAUGUCCUAAAUUGUGUUUUUACUAGAGAGCCAAAUACUUACAAUUCAUCCCUGGAAGGAUAGAAAACUCAUUAACCCUAAUGUAAGCAUCAGAAAUCCCCACAACCAGAAUUAUUCUACACUAUUCUCUGAUGGUAGUUGAUCUACACAAUGAAAACUGAGGCACUGUGUGAGAUCCUGACUUAGUGUCUCAGUCAAAUUUGAAAGAGACUUUAAGGGUUAUCCAACACAAUUCCCUUAUUCCUUACCUAAGGAAAUUCAUGCGCAGAAAGGUUAACUAACUUGGUCAAGACCACUCAGCUUUGAGAUCAAGCAAGAGAACCUGAUCUUUUGACCCCCAGUCAGGAUUUUUUGUUUUUUACAUCACAUCCAGAAAAAAGAAUAAAUUAUGUCCAAUUUAGUCUUUAGUGUUGCAUCUAUUUAAUUAUAUUUUAAUACUUAGAAAGCCGGUGAUCUUUGAAUAAUAUAUGUGACCUGACCAUAAAAAUCAGAGAACUCUGAAAAGCAUGUAUUACAGCCAUAUAAACCCCAACAAGAGAAAAAUUUUUUGUUUUUUUGUUUUGUUCUGUUUUAAAAAAUAGAAAUCACAUGCCAGUUUAACUGCUGGCUAGUAGAAGGUACCCAGCUACUCUGUUUGUGGCUCAAAGUCUCCUUAUUAGUUCUUCCCGUUUUGGGUUUUGUAGGCACCAUCUUUCUCAAUGGCAGAAAAUAAGUAUCUGACAAAAGGCAGGAUAUGUGUAUUCCUUCCAGCCCUGUGGCUUUUUUAUUAUAGCCUUUUACUGAUCUGAAUGGGCAGAAUAAAAAAACCAUAAAGAAAUUUGUGCUGAGGAAAAAUCAAGGCAAUAACAGACUACUAAAUCUUGAGACACACCAGGUUUCUUCCAGAGAAAUACCUUUUAUUACUCCAUAUUUGUCAAGCCCAGUUAUUAACCAAAACAAUCUCAGUUGACAUGAAAAAUGAAAAAUUUUACAUUUAAAACAUUAAGAAUCUUGACUUUUUAAAAAAUUCAUGCUUUAAAACAUGUUGAACUUUUUAAUCAGGCUGAUGGUACUCUAAUUUGUAAUACUGUAAGAUAUCAUCAAGAUCACUGUAGUGUGUGUAUUCUAUAUUUUUAUAUGUAAAUGUUAACUUAGUUCAAGUAUUUUUUGCUUUGCAUUAUUAAUGAGUCAUCAAAUACAAUUCUAACAAAGUAUCAGAAGCUUUAUUUUUGUACAAAUUCAUAAGAAUCAAACUUUUUUUAAACAUUUACAUUAGAUAUCACCAAUAAUUGUGACACUUUUAUAUCAAAUCUGUUCUGUUGAGCUUUUAGUCAUACUGAGAGAAUGUGGGCAAAGUUAUAGGAAAAGUAAUCGUAACUGAAACUGUUGUAUAAUCGUGUUUCUAAGAAUAAAUUAAGUUGUUUUUUUAAAAAUGUGUAACUUGGUAUAAAAUGACUUGAAAACCGUUAUUUAAUAGAAAGCACUAUUAUUUUGUCAGCUGUCUUCAGAUAUUUCUAGUCUAUGCGUGAAAUUUUAUUUUUAUACUUUGACCUGUUUAUUUUCCUUAUUAAUUCAUCAAAUUCAAUAAAUUUUGAAUAGUUGAUCAUAGCAAUGAAUAAAUUUUAGAUUCUGCACGAACAAAAUGUUGAGUGCAUUAUCAGCCAGGCUUCUUUAUGCAGCGAGUGCUGAAUCGACAGCCAGUACAUAGUCCACUAAAUCACCAAUACUUUAAAUACAAGAGAAAAGUUGAAAUGGCAAAAGAAGGGGCUAAAAAGGGAGAGACUAGUCUUAAUCCUUAACAAGAAACUGUUUAGAUGUAAAGCAUAAAUGCACCCUUACUUAAGGAUUUUUGAUGAUGUAUUUUAUUUGCAAAAAAAAUCAGUGGCAAUAUUUUUUCCUCUGAAAAUUUAGUUUUAAUGAGUCACAACCUUUUCUAAAGAUUCUUGGAGAAGCUAUUUUGAUGAGACCAGCUGUUGCUUUCAUUUUGGGGCCUGGACAGAUGAGAGCGAUUGCACCUGUCAAAUUGUAUAUCUAGUCCAUUACGUUAUGGCUCAGACGACUGCAGCGUUUCAUCUGCCACAAUAAAGAACCCCCUUCUCUGAAAGCUAAUCAGGUGCCUAGAGCCUUUUCUACCACUGAGAUGGGGGAGAAAGGAAACCUUCACUUACCUCUGCUGACCUCUGUUCCAAGUCAGUUAUCAUUAGUCCCUUACCUUCAAAAGGGUGUCGCCAGUUUCAGAGUCAACUUGUCAAAACACUGGUUUUCAGAUAUAUAUAUAUAUAUAUUUUUUUUAUCAGAGGAUCUUCUUUUCCCCACAUGGUCAGAUUUCUCCACAAUUAAAUAAGAACUAGGGUUUUCCCUUGGUUAAAGACCAAUCUGUAUGAUGUUAUCAAAUAAGAAAGUAUACUGGAGCAGCAAAUGCCACAUUAUGUUUUAAUUCUGUCCUUGCUGCAUUCUCCUUUCUUAAAACCGGUUCUGCUUCUCAUCUAGGCAACGCACUUAACGUUUUUAUAAGCAUUUUAUGCAAUGCGCAUGUUGUAAAUUUCCUAACAGGGCCUAAUUUAAUUCAGUAUUUUCCGAAGAGUUGCAGGAAAGCUGUCUAACUGCAAGGCACUAUAAAAAUAUUACGGAACUAUGAAUUAAAGUUCCACAUUAGUAAAAAAAAAAAAAAAAAAAAGUUCCACAUUAGUGCCAUUUCCAGCUGUGGCAAAGCUCAGGUGUUAGUGGAGCUUACCUGUGGCUUUCUUCACUGUAGAUGUCAGCCCAUACAGCAUCUCAGUAGUACAUGUGUUUAUGUUAGGCUUUGACCUCAGUUCUCCUUUUUUCAUUUAAAAAGGAGAAGACACAGAAUAGAGGUAAUGGAAAUCAUAAAUAAAAAUUUGAAAAGAAUACCAGUGACCCAAUGAAUAUAUUCUGUUGAGGAAUAAGAUUUGGUAAAAAUACAGACCAUUGAUCAUGUAAAAUGAGUUUGUUUUUUUCUAAAUGAGUCUAUUUGGUUCUUUUUGGCUGAACUAGCUUCUCCCUUCAUAAGAAAAGUUGAGAACUUUGAUCUAAAAGGUGUAACAAGAUACUUCCUAACAUUAAAUGGCUGACUGUAAUAGUUAAGACUUUGGCAGUGUUAAGGAUAAUCUUAUUUAUGCCCCAAGUGCUUACUCAACUAAAUGCCUUAAUGAAAGUGGUUUUCACUUAGGAGAUAAGAAAACAUACUUAAGAAAUGACUGGAAAGGCUAUUUAUUACCCUGUGAUAAAUGAAAUGAUGACUUACUCUCUCUCUUAAAAUGCCAUAUUAAAAUUAGCUAGUUCUUAUGCACGUACACACACACACCUGUAAUCCAUGUGAAUUAGAUACUAAUGUUAACAUACCAUUUAAAUUGGAACCAGAAAGAUGAUGUGUUGAAAGAUCACUCCAGAAAUUAUUCCAUUACAGUUUUCUUGAUAACAAAUAGGAAAGUAAAUGCUUAUACCAUGAAUAAAUUAAGCUGUGGAUUUUUGUGUUUUUCAAAAUGAUUUUUUGUUAGUUUGAAAUAUCAUUGCACUUGAGUCAAUUCUUUUUCUUUUAACUUAUUUUUCUUUACAAUACGAAAAAAACUGUCUUAAAGUACUGUAACUUCUGAAUUCUCAAUAAAAUAUAAUUAUUUUGCUUGCAAA